AUGGAGGGUGUGCGCGGAGCUCUAGAAUACUCCGCUCGGGAAUAUGAUUUUAUAGUGUUUGGAGCGAGCGGCUUCACGGGACAGUUUGUUGUAUCUCAACUUGCUAAGCUGAGAGAUGAAGAGCCAACGCUGAAGUGGGCCGUAGGUGGACGUAGCAUGUCAAAACUUGUCAAUACUUUAAAGGAAGCUGGAAGCCGGGCAGGUACAUCCCUUGCUAGUAUUGACUGUCUUCUUGCUGAUUCCAAAGAUCCUGACUCUUUGGUAGAGUUGUGUGGGAAAGGCAGAGUAGUACUCAGUUGUGUAGGACCUUAUCGUUUCUGUGGGGAGCCAGUUGUGAAAGCUUGCGUUGAAGCUGGUACAAAUUAUGUUGAUAUAUGUGGAGAGCCACAGUUUUUGGAAGAGAUGCAGUUAAGGUAUGAUGCCCAGGCAAAAGAGAAAGGAAUAUACAUAGUUGGGAGUUGUGGAUUUGAUAGCAUUCCUGCAGAAAUGGGAUUGCUUUUCACCAAGAACAAAUUUGAAGGGGAUCUGAAUUCUGUUGAAAGCUUCAUCCAGAUUAAGUUUGCAGUACCAGAGGUCAAAGGAGCUAAGAUCAAUUUUGCAACUUGGCAGUCAGCUAUUCAUGGUUUUGCUCAUGAAGGGGAGCUGAAACCACUGAGAAAGUUGCUUUGUCCUGAACCCCUUCCAAAACCAACCCACAGGGUAAAAAACAGAGGAGUGUUAUUCUACAGUAAAGAAGUAGGGUCCUGGUGCAUACCAUUCCUGGGCAGUGAUAGGUCCAUAGUGUACAGGAGCCAAGUGAUUAGCUACAGAGACAGAAAGGAAAGACCAAUUCAGUUCCUACCAUACACAAAACUGCCAUCUUUGAUAAGUGCAUUGGCUGUGCUGUCUUUUGGAAUUGUCUUUGGAAUUCUGGCCAAAUUCAAAUGUGGACGUUGGCUUUUAGAAAAGUUCCCAGGAAUCUUCUCUGGUGGACUGGUAUCUAAACAGGGGCCACCUUUGGCACAGAUCCAAGGCUCUUCCUUUACAAUGACAUUCUUUGGGAAAGGCUACAGUCAGAUCCUUCCUGAUGCAGAUCAACAACACAAUGAAACUCCAGACAAGACCAUUGUCACACGUGUUACAGGACCAGAAGCAGGCUAUGUGACCACACCCAUAUGUAUGGUAGAUGCUGCCUUGGUGAUCCUGAGAGAGCAAAAUAUGUUGCCUGCUGGGGGUGGAGUGAUUCCUCCAGGAGCAGCUUUUGCAAAGACGAGCUUGAUUGAGAAGUUACAGAAGCAUGGCAUGAAAUUUGAAGUGCAACCAAGCACUUAAGUUUUCAAACAUUUCAUGACUGAAUUUAGAUGCAUGUGAUGUUUUUUU